AUGAUGGCGGCGCCCGCCGCGGGCGGCGGGGCCGAGGAGGAGAAGCCCGCGGAGAAGACCGAGUUCGACCUCGUCCUGAAAGAGGUGCCGAAGGACAAGAAGAUCGCCAUCCUGAAGGUGGUCCGCACAAUCACAGGCCUGGGCCUGAAGGAGGCCAAGGGUAUGGUGGACAACCCAGGGAAGCUCCUGGAGGCGAAGCCGAAGGACAUCUGCGAGGCACCAGCUGGGGUGGGCGUGGGGGAGCUGACAUCACCAGCGACCGCAGCGUUUCCUCGAUAG